CGUUUCAAAUAAACUCCAACCCAUGUUACAAUGUUUAGUGUCUGAAUUGGGCCUUAAGUUUUCUUAGGAAAAUAUUAAUCAGGAUGUAAUUAAAUUUCUUUUACAAUUUUGAUUUAAAAUUCCCUGGAAAUUCUCCUACCAACAUUUAUCUCCAAGUUCAACGUAAAUACCAAUGAGUAACUACUUCCCACUCCAGUCGUGUAGCGUACGUCAAAAGUCAUUUGGUUUUCGCUCUUCCGCGAGUAGGUAGGUCUCUGUAGCCGCUUGGCGUUACGUUUAACUGAGGCUUAACAUGUAAAAUGGCUUCCAGUUCUUUGUGAGUUGAGUUAGUUGUGUGUAUUUUGUUUAUUUCUGAAUUGAGUUUUUACAAUUACGGUGUUGGUGUUUAAAAACUAACGAAUAGCGGAUUUAACAAAUGUACUUAAUGUGGAUUAUUAUAAAAACGAGGUACUUUCAUAUACACAACGAAUAUCAAUUCUAAUGUAUUGCAAUUUCAAACCAAAAGUUCUGUGAUAAGAGUUGGUAGCUAGAAUGGAACGAUUGGGCUGCUUAUUUUAUACAUUUUUAUAUUUUACUGUUAGCAGUAGUCAGACAACGAAUUUUCGAGGAAUUAAUGAUGUAUUAUUAGUAGAUACGUUUUCACAACCACAUGAAAAGGCAGCAAAUAUGGUAGUGGACAACCACAAACCAAAAUUCAUAGGUUGUCAAGAUUAUAAACCGUCUGUAAAGGAAGAACAACGAAGUGGGACAUAUGUUAUGACUGUUGAAGCUCAUGAUGAAGAUCCCAAAGAUGCAGGGGGAAUAAUCACUUACUCCCUCAUCCACAGAGAUGGAGAACGAGUUUUAUUUGAAAUAAACAACAGAACUGGCGAGCUAACGACAAUCCAAGGAUUUGAUCGUGAUGAACCUGUUCGACAAAAGGAACUGUAUGUAACUGUACAAGCUGUGGACAAUGGUAGACCUCCGUUGGCAGAUGUUUGUACAUUUACAGUCACUAUAACUGACAUUAACGAUAAUGCACCCCAACUUGAUAAACUUCAAUACGAUACUCAGGUAUCUGAAGAUUUAAAAAUAAACAGUGAAGUAAUGAGGGUAUUCGCCUAUGAUAUUGAUGAUGGUGAAAAUUCAAGACUUUCAUAUAAUUUUUCAAAUCAGAAUAGUCAGUUUAAUCAGUACUUCACGAUAGACCGAGACACAGGUGUUGUUUAUUUAAAAACUCCUUUAACUGAUAAAAAGAAUACAAGAUUUACCAGUGUAGUGUAUGUAUCUGAUAACGGUUAUGCUGAUCAAGAAGGCCAAAAAGAAUCAUCCGCUAAUAUUUCUAUAACAGUAGUUGGAUCUGAUAAACAACCUCCUAGAUUCACACGAAGAGAUCCUGAAGGCGUUUUAGAAAUUCCAGAAAAUUUUAAUGAUUUUACAAAACACAUAGUUACAGUUGAAGCUGUGUCAAAUUUAAAGGACCCGCAACUUGCGUUUGAGUUGGUAAAAGGCAAGACAUUCCAGACAAAUAAGGAUCAAACUUUUCUACUUGAAGCAGAUGGGAACAAAGCUUAUAUAAAAUUAGUUCGUCCUCUUGAUUAUGAAACUGUAACUGAGUAUACUUUGACAAUCAGGGUGAAUAAUAAAGAUUCUAUGGAUGCCUCCAUAAAUAUUCCAAUUAAAGUUUUGGAUGUUAAUGAUGAAAUCCCAAAUUUCCUAGAAUUUCUGAAAGGAAGUGUUGUUGAAAAUGAUAAUCCUGGUGUUCAAGCAAUACAGGUUAGAGCUAUCGACAAAGAUGGCACUGCUGCUAAUAAUAUUGUUAGCUAUGAACUUUUAGACAACACAGAUAUUUUUGCUAUAGAUAAAUCAACUGGUAUCAUCACGUCUAAAAUUGCUUUUGACCGUGAAACAGUACCAUUAUACCAUGUAAAUGUUAAAGCUUAUGAUAAUUCCCCAUCGGCUCUGUUCAAUACUUCAGAACCCAAUAAUGUGAAACAAACUUUCCAAAUAAGUAUAGAAGAUCAAAAUGACAAUAGACCUGUAUUUACACAUCCCAUUUAUACCUUCAGUAAUAUUACUGAACUUGCAGAUAUGUUAAGUAAUGUUGGAGAAGUCAAAGCUCUAGAUAAUGAUACAGCUUCACUUAUAAGUUAUAGUAUUAUAUCUGGAAAUGAUAAUGAGUCAUUUACGAUUGAAAAUACAACUGGUAGAAUAAAAGUAAAUAGAAAACUAGACUUUGAGUGGAAGGAAAACUAUAAUUUAACAGUUAGAGCCUAUGAUGGGGCGUAUGAAGAUUUUGCAAUUGUUGUUAUUCUAAUAACAAAUGAAAAUGAUGAAAGACCAGUUUUUGAGCAGUAUCCUGAUGAUAUAUAUAUUGAUGAAGAAAGAGUUGAUUCAAAUUGUAUAAUUACGGUAAAAGCAUACGACCCAGACAUCAAAGAUAGAAGUGCUGAUCAGCAUAUAGUAUAUGAUGUAGCAAAAGAACAAAAAAGUUUUCUCACAGUUUCUUCUGAUGGAUGUGUGAAAAUAAUUAAACCCCUAGACAGAGAUCCACCAUACGGAAGCCCGAUUCGUCAAGCUUUUAUUUAUGCCCGUGAUAAUGAUGGAGGCACUAAUUCUUUGUUAGGUACAGCUGAAAUAGCAAUCCAUUUGAAUGACAUCAACGAUAACGCACCGUUUUUAAAUGUGACUGAAAUUGUUUGGUAUGAAAAUCAAGCUGCUGGUUUUAUAAGUGUUCUGAGUGCAGAUGAUUAUGAUGGCCCGGAUAAUGGUCCACCAUUUUCCUUCCGCCUGGACGAUUCUGCUCAACAAGACAUUCGUGAAAAAUUUUCCAUCGAAGGAGAUCGACUAUAUGCUUUAGUUUCAUUUGAUAGAGAAGAACAGAAAUAUUAUGAUAUUCCAAUUGAUAUUACAGACAGUGGUCAACCCACCCAACAUGGAGUUAGUACUCUAAGAGUUAUAAUUGGUGAUGUAAAUGAUAAUGAAGCAAAAGAUGGGAACAGCACAAUCUUUGUUUAUAAAUAUGUCAAUGGACCAGACACUGAUAUUCAAAUUGGACGUGUCUUUGUAGAUGAUCUUGAUGAUUGGGACAUUAACGACAAAGUUUUUGUUCAACAGGAUUAUUUUGAAGAAUUUACUCUUAACUUAACUGAUAAUGGAAUGAUUCUAAUGCGGCCAUCAACACAAGAAAACGUCUACGUUUUACAUUACAGAGUUACUGAAACACAUGACCCUGAAAUACAGGAACACACUGUUAACGCCAUAGUAACUAUUACUGUUAAAGAACUACCAGAAGAGGCUGUAGUGAAAUCUGGAUCAAUUAGAAUAAAUGGAACCACUAAGGAAGCAUUUGUAGAAACUGUUCACAAUGAAAAAAGUAAAAAGGAUAUACUACAUCAAGAAUUAUCGAAGAUUUUGAAUACAUCGAUGACAAAUGUUGAUGUAUUUACUGUUCUGCAUUCACCACACCAAGAUUCAAAUUACGUUGAUGUUAGGUUUUCUGCUCAUGGUUCUCCUUAUUAUGCUCCUGAAAAACUUCAGAAUAAAAUAACGGAUCACCAAACAGAGCUUGAAAAAAAAUUGUAUGUGGAUUUUGUUAUGAUAAAUAUAAACGAAUGUCUCAACGAAACAAUUUGUGGUAGUGAUAAUUCCUGUACAAAUCAAUUGAACAUCUCAAGAGAACCUGCAGUGGUGUUUACAAAUCGAACAUCCUUUGUUGGAGUAAGUGCGGUUGUUGAUCCUGUUUGUGCUGCAUUACCAAGAGAAAUUAUUGAAUGUUUCAAUGGUGGUAUUCCUAUAGAAGACGUUGCUUGUAGCUGUCCUGCUGGUUUUGAAGGACCACAUUGCGAAAUUCUCGCUAUAGGAUUUAGAGGCACUGGUUGGGCUAUGUAUCCAUCAUUUGAUGCUUCCAAUAGAACUGAAAUAAUCUUACAUGUUUUGUCGCAAACUGACAAUGGAUUAAUAUUUUAUAACGGGCCUUUGACAGUUAGACAAACUGCUUUGUCCAAAGAUUAUAUUUCUUUGGAACUCAAAGAUGGAUAUCCUUUACUACAAAUAUGUACACAUUCGACGCCACAAGAAAUAUAUUUAACUCAACGUAAACUAAAUGAUGGUGCAUUGCACAAAAUUAAAAUAGGAUAUGGAAUUGAUGAUAUAUCCUUAGAAGUUGACGAUUGUGGAACGACUUGUUCAAUUUGGACUAGUAAAACUGUUAAAGGUGUUCUGAGACCCAACGGUCCUCUACAACUUGGAGGCAUGAAAAAUAAAUUCACUAAUCAGGAAUUCCAAACCAUUUGGAAUCGUCUACCACCAACAGACGUCAGUUUCACUGGUUGUAUAAGAAACUUGACAUACAAUGAUUACUUCUAUAAUUUAGGUGCUCCAUCAGAUUGGUACCAAGCAUUUCCUGACUGUAAUUAUGGUAUGAUGCAAGCUGUUACUUUUGGAAUUGAUUCCAAUUUCUUGGUUGCCAUUCUUGUCUGUGUGGCAAUAUUAAUAAUACUUCUUCUGGCUGUUGUGGUUCACAGAAGAAAGCAAGACAAUUUCAACGAAAAAGAAAUAGACGAUACUCGCGCAAAUAUAAUUAACUAUGAAGACGAAGGUGGCGGCGAAUGCGACACAAACUACGAUCUCUCCGUUUUCCGACCCAACAUUGUUGAUGAAAAACCUCUAAUGAGAGACAAUCCUGACGUGCCUGCAGAUAUAAGUGGAUUCCUUGAUAAUAAAAAGGAUAAUUGUGACAAGGACCCAGAUAAUUUACCCUAUGACGAUGUCCGCCAUUAUGCAUAUGAAGGAGAUGGAAAUAGUACAGGAUCUUUAUCCUCUCUUGCUUCUUGUACUGACGAAGGAGACUUAAAAUUCAACUAUUUGUCAAGCUUCGGACCUAGAUUCAGGAAGUUAGCAGAUAUGUAUGGAGAGGAUCCGAGUGAUGAGGAUUCCCACGACGGAGGAGAACAAUCCUGGUGAUAAAUUCAAUUUCCUGACUCCUUUCAAAUAACUUUAGAAACUGAUUUCUAAUUUGUACUUAAAACUUUUAAUAUUGUUAACCAAAGAUUGCAAAAGUUUUUGGAAAGAACUGAAUAAAAUUUGUAAAUAUUUAGACUAUGAUAGAUGUCUUUAGACUGAUACAUAGCUAAUGCUAUUUUUUCAAGAAGUGACAGGCAGUUUGCUUUAAGAAUAACUAAACUUUUCCGUCAUAAGUUAUAUUUGAUGGUUAGUUUUUAAUGGCCUUUUACUAGGCUACUGUGAUUUGAACAAAGUUAGAAUAAGAAACUUCACAUUGACUAUGUUUCAUACAGCAUAUUGAUGUUCGUUCUGUUUUUUUUUUGGAAUUUUUAAAUUCGGUCAGCUAGGACUACUUGUUUCAGAUUUGAAUAAACACAUGGUAGGUGGGGAACAAAUGAACGAUCAUUUCUAAGUUGGGAUUUUUGGAACCGUUGUACACUGUUCGACGCGCGCUUCGAUAACCAAAUUAUCGAAACACGCGUAGUAAUUAUUAGUGUAAAUAGUGUGUUCAGAACUAUCAUUAGUUUCUGAGGUACACAAAUUCUUUUGAUUUUAUAUAUUAUAUAAUGUCUUCUUAGAUGCAUUGUUAUUGGGAAUAGUAAUAUAGUUUGUACUUGGAUGAAUUUUCAUAUUACUUGUAUAAUUUUUAAAUAAGCAUUUGAUAUUCAUAUAAUUAAAAGAUAGCAAAAAUUUUUGAAGGUACUUCUAAUUGUCUUUAUCAACUCCAUACAUAGGACUUCAAAGUUUUCUGCAAAACUUUGUUCAGAACUAUUUUUAUUGUAUCAAAUAUUUUUUCUUAGUGGAUUAAACAAGUGAUAUAAAAAUAACUUCCAAAUUAUUUAGCUCUUAGCACAACCUUAGCUUUUCAGGUCUAGAACUUCAAUAAAGUGGGUUAAUUUAAUUUUUUGAAUCUUAAAUUUUGUUUCAAUUAUUAUUUCAAGUUUGGAGUAUCACAUAUGUAUACAUUAUACCUGUAUAUAAUGUAUACAUAUUUGGAAUUUUCUAAUUUCGUUGUUUUUACAAUUAUUAGUUCGAAUAUCAUUAUGCUGCUUUGUACUUCUAGGUCAAAAUUAUUAUUGUACAAUUGUUAAAUUAAUAUAUAAUAAGAUUGAUCUUGAGUUAUACAUCAACCAAUGAAGUUUAUAAAAAUGCUUAAAUUGUGGAUGUUAUUUCUCCACAAAAUAACCGUCGACAAAAUAAUAUUGUUAUUGGGAAUUCUAGAGGCCUUGUAUAGAGUUGCCUUAUCAGGUUAGGCACAAAUACCAAUAUCAAAAUAGCGUGGUUCAGCAAUACAAUAAGAAACCAUUUUUUAUAUAUAUUUUUUUUCUAUUUUUUACUAAGUUUUUUUGUUAGUUAUGUUGUAAUUUGGCAUGUAUUUAGGUUAUAUAAAUAUAUUAUACAUAUUUUCUAUAAUCGCACUUGAAAACUGAAUCACUAUUGCUGCGGCAUCUAUUUAGCACAAUUUUACACUAUUAGAAUAAUAUGCAUUUAUCUGUUAUCUAUAUGUUUGUGUCCAUACAUCAAUAUCGGUUCCCAAUUAUUUUCACAUAUUGAAUACAGUUUCUCCAGCUUUCAGCGGUUAUAUUUUUAAUUUCCGUUUUUAUCAACUCGAUCCUACAACUGUUUAAAGUAGAUAUAUUAUUGUUAGCACGUACAUUAGAUUUUAAUUCUUACUAUAUCAACUCGAUUAGAUUGAAAAUACAAUAAUAUGGUGGAAGCAGAAUUACUUCGUGAUCUGCUUUUUUUGAAAUUUUGUCACUAACAAAAUAUGUCACAUUCGCAUAAAAAGUCUAGUAUUUAACUUUUUCUUUUAAUGUAACCUGGUAUUUUAUUCAUUUGGAAACUAUGGUAGGAUGCAUUAUCCAUCACAAUAUACUGUUCGGUGGUAUAUUCGGCAUUAAUUUAUUUUGAAACCAAUCUUCUAAGCUGUGAUCAUCCAAGCUAGAAUCCAUUAUUGUACCAAAAAAUAUGUUUUACGAAAACUUUCUAUAAAAAGUAAGGUUUUAACAUAACAUAGUAGAUAUUAUUACUAGUUGUACUACAAAGGAUGUUCGUGAAGUGAAUUCCAUAUUAAAAUAAAAAAAAGUAUGUAUAGAUACAGUAAAGAAGUUUUUUGCACAAAAAUAAUCUUUACCGGAAAUUUGUUGUACCGUAUUUUUUAACGCUGUUUGUAUCUCUGAUAUCCAAGGAAAGAUUGCCUACGCCAAAAAACUUGAAGUUGCUCUGAAAGAAAUUGGGUCUGUAUGGAGGAUGCUCGAAAACAUUCCAGCUUAAAUCUUGUGGAGUCUUCUCUACAUAAAAUCACGGAUUUUUCGAUGAUCAUUGAGCUUAAUGUAUCUUGUAUAUCACAAACAACGGGAUUUCUAAUCCACUACCAUUUAAUUAUAUGUGCACAAAAUAAACAAGCUCAAAAUUGCGUCAAUUUACUUAACGAAAUCAUCUCGUAUUUUCAUCAGACUGCUUCAGUAACUUAGUUGAAGUUAUGUUGAAAUCAAGUUCCUUUAAAACAAUUUUUAUACUAUUGAUAGGUACAGGUUUCUACAGUUUAUAUUUUUACCAAAAAUGUCAUGUUUUCUAGUGGUACAAAAGAAUUAAUUAAAACAUUAUCUCAGUAUGAAUUAUUUAGAAUUUGUAAAAAUUUUAUGACUUAUAAUAAAAUAUCAUUUGAGAAUUGACAAAUCUCUUAAUAAAGAGCAAUGUGAUAAUUGUAGUGUUGUUUUAUUAGCUUGAUCAAAGAUAGUUCUUGUUAACUAAUUUGAAAACUAGUGAUUUAUAAUGCGAUAAAUAAUUUUUGGGAAAAUAUAUUGUGAAUGGACAUAAAAUGUUCACUGUCGCUAUUUUACGUUUGGAUUAGUUGAAAUGACAAACCGUCUACAAUUUUUUCAGUAUUAAAAUUGAUUUUUUUUCUCAAAUAUUGACUCAGUUUUCAUAGUAUAUAUUUCAUUUCAUUGACUAUUUAAUAUUUAUUAUCGCAAUUUUUUCUCUGAAAAUCAGGAAAUACUAUAGUUAGAGUUUAUCUUCAUGUCAGAAGGAUUUCCUGGUUUUCAUUAUAUAGCUUGUGUCACAAAAUACAGUCUGUAGAGAGAACUUGAAAAGUAUGUUUUAAUUGUUCAAAAACUAAGUUUAUUUUGAAAUGUUUCGAAUUUGUAGAUAAUUUUAAUUGAGUAAUAUGCACUGAUUUUUAAAUAAUACACACAUUGUUCACUUGAAAGAGAUUUAUUUGAUACUUUACAAAACUUCGUAUUUUCCUUAUGUGUGUUUAAGUAAACUUCAAUGACACUCUCCAUACCAUUUUAGAACCUGGGCGUUGAUCUGGCUAGUAAUAAGGUGACUUGGGUAAUGUUCGUUUUUAAUAUUGGAUUAAUAGUGAAUUAGAUUAACAUUUUCUUUCUAAGGUCUAGUCUACAAAUUUUGAAUGCUGAGAGUCCCAAAAUUGGUAAAGUAAUAUCGAUAUUAAAUAUUGACUCAAAUAUUCUUUGCUUUGGAUGCAUGAUAUUAGUACAUAACAAUUUAUCUACUUGCACUAUAAGUUAUAUUUUUCAUAUGUUUUGGCAUGUUGACGUGAUAACUUCUUAAUAUAUGUCAUUGAGAUGUUGCCAUAAUAGUAAAUUUUGAGCAACAUAUUGAUCUCUACAAACUGUCUUAUGAUGCAAUUUCUAUUCUAGAUGGAUAUAUUUUAUUUUCACUAUUUGUACUGGGUUGUGCUUGAAACAGUUUACAAACAGAAUACGAUGGAGAUAAUACGGCUGUGGUAAAAAUCAAAAUAAUCAAUGUGAUUCAUUUUUAUUAAGGUAUUAAAACAUAUAUUUUUCAUAAAAUAUAACUUUAAAUCCUACUGAUUCAUUUUGACAAGUGUCAUCUAUUUUUCACUUUUCAAAUUUAUUCUGAGAAAUUACUUGUUUCAUUUUUAUAUAUGGUGGUCAUUUAUGGAUAACCGAUGAUUAUUACUUUCAAAUGGUUAACACUGUGAGAAAAAGUGGAUCUUUGAUGGGUAUUAAAAAAUGAAUUUAGUGCUAAUUUUUCAAUGGCUCACAUUGAACAGUGUGCAAAAUGGUAUUUAUGAGGUAACAUAUUCAAAAUGGUGAAUAUCUGUACAUGAAGAAUUUUUGUGAAAUUAUAGGUUAUUCCGACAGUUAUCAGAAUCUGUUUAAACCAUUUUAGUGUUGUGCCAAAUGUUUAAUGACAAUUGAAAUAUUUUUCUCAAUUAAAAAGGUGAUAUAAUGUCACUGGGAAGGCCACUACUAAAAAUGUGAUCUCCAUCUGAAUUUGUUUCGUUUAUUUUAUACAAAUAAAUAUUAUUAAAAAACUAUUUUAUAGUAUUCGAUAUGGAACAUUCCUUUAAUAAUUUGUGAUCUAUAUGGCAGCCAUAGGUGAAAUUUUUAUUUUGAUAAUCUAUUAAAAUUUUUGUCAUUCCUUUUUUUAUUGAUCAGUAUUUUUAUCUCUGCAUUUAAAACUUAUUUAUUAGUUAUGGAUCCAAUAUUUUAGGGUAGUUGUUUUGCAUUGUAUGAAAGUACUGAUUAAUUUAGAUAUAUUCUUGAAAAAGUAUUAGCAAAACUAAACACUAUUCAAAUGUAAAUAUAUAUUUCAUGGAUCAAUUUGAGUAUUCAGUAUAAUUUUUUAAAUGUGCCUUCAACUGAGCUCCAAUAAAAGAUAGUUUAGAAUUAUAGACAUAGAAUUUUUGCUCACUGCCAUUUGUUAAAAUGUGUAACUUCGAUUUUUAAUAAACAACAUGGAAGAAAA